UGAUCGGCCAAUUAAAGUACGCGACUGUGCAUCGUGAAUAGUAAACCACGUUGGCUAGUCGCAAGCACGAAUUUCGUCGAGCCGCUACAAUAUGGAUGAGUUAGAAAGGCAUGUGGCGAUAACCUCCAACUAUAGCACAUAACAGUAUCAGCAUGUACAAAAAUCUUGCGGUUCAAACACUUGGCGAUGCGGUCAAUGGUAGUUACCCGCCUUUGUCUCCUCCUAGUCGCAUUUGUUGCAAUGGAGUUGAUUCAAAACAGCCAACAUGUGUGACUAAAAAGCUACGCGACGAGAUGGAUGGUCCUCAACGAAUGACACAAGUGGGAUUUGAGAACCGGAGCGUGACAAUCAUACACAUGAAGAAUGGCCCCACCAAUGGCGUACAGAAUGGUCCCAAGUCAUUCAACAUAUCGGACAGGAAUCAUGAAAUUGCGAGACAAGCUAGCGUGUCUCCAACUGCCGAUGGUAUGCUCACCGAUGAUGGUGGACCUAGUGCAGCUCGAUUCAGCCCAAACAGACUUGCUGGAUCAUUCACAUCAACAUCAUACUCCGAACCUUUCACCUCUGACAGUGGUAGUGUUGCUGGUAUGAUCAGCAGAGAUGAACUGCUGAAUGUCAUGACAGAGGACUUGGUUGACUGGUUUAUGCAAAUGUAUCCUAGUCUUACGCAAGACCUGGAAGUGGACACAUUCUAUGAUCGUCUAUCGGAUGGUAUCCUUUUAUGCCAUCAUGCCGCCGUACUGCAUCAACUUCUGAUGGAUCAGGGCUCAAUUACCUAUGAAGGCGAACGAGCGGUUCUGAUGGGUCUGCGCAUUGGCGGAGUACAAGCGGUACUGCCUAAACAUAAACCUAGCUACCAAACUCGGGUACAGAGGGGCAGUGUCGCAACCAGUGGCUUUGUGGCUCGAGACAAUGUUGCCAAUUUUUUGAUAUGGUGUCGUCAGCUGGGAAUGCCUGAUUCUGUUCUCUUUGAAAGUGAAGAUGCUGUGUGUCGCAAAAACCCUCGAAACGUGGCUGUCUGUUUGCUAGAAUUGGCGCGUCUUGGCGGGUCACUUGGCAUGUCUGUACCAGGAUUAAUCCUCCUGGAAAAAGAAAUUGACGAAGAGUUGGAGAAAUCUUGUGUGAUCACCGAUUCAGCCUUUAGAACGGAGGGUUUAAAUACUCAUUCUCCUGAGGAGCGAAAAGUCGUGAUAGUUCGUGAGAAUUCAACCGACCCAGCCUUAUUCAUAACAGUGGACAAAGCGGUGGACCCACCUGACAUUCCGUCUAACGAAUCUGCAGUCGAAAACGGUGUAUCGAGUACCGUAUAUCGCAGCACUCGAUCCACCGACCUUCGACGAAAGAAGAGUCUAUCCGGUUCUUCGGAACGUUACUGUCUUGAUAAGAAGAAAGAAGCCAUGAAACAGAAACCAGAAAUUAAACGACCUGCAGUAGAUAUGCGGUCCCUGGAUGAGAUAGUUCGAGAGCUCCUUUCCCAAUGCACCUGCAAGCAAACGUUUCCAGUGAAUCGGAUUGGUGAAGGACGAUACCUGUUCGGUGAUAAAUGCACACAAAUUUUUGUUCGAAUUCUCCGAAAUCAUGUGAUGGUGCGUGUUGGCGGUGGUUGGGAUACGCUGAGUCACUUUCUUUCCAAAUACGACGAAUGUCGGAAAACAAAUAACUUUAACAACCGAGUCACGAAAUCAGUUGACUCAACGUUGGGCAAUGGAACCAGCUCCAUUGAUUCUUCUAAUACGGAUGAACUACUGGAAUCACUUGAUCCCAAUCCUACACGUCGCUCCACAGAGACACAUGUCAGUCCCAUUAGGGCACAAGGUCGAUUAACUGCGAUCAAGAAAAGCCCAGCUCCGGAACAUAAACUACCAAACGAUGUUUCCAUUCAGAAUACUGACAAAAAAUUUCCAGUGUUACGAAAUGACACGCAACUGCACGGGUUGAACAAAACCUGCAACAGUUCUGAGGUAGGUGGUCAGCUGAACAAGCGAACAUCGAUGGUAAGCGGAAAAUAUCAAGCUGUGGAACAGCGUAUACCUCAAAAAUGUUUGCCUGAGUCACGGAAUAAGCACAUGCCAUUGCUGAUUCUGCAUCAGGCGUUAAACGAGAGACAAAUGUGUCGAAGAAUGUUCCAAGGCUCGAAAACCAAACAUCGCGUAGCAAAGCUAUUCCUGAAUAGCUCAUCGGGUAAUAACAUCACGCACUCCCCAGCUUGA